UCUUUCGGAUGCAUGCCUGCCUGCGCGUUCGUCACGGGUUCAAACCGAGACGUGUUUUUGUUGUGUGUGUUAAAGAGAAAAGAAGAAGAAGGAAAAAAAAGCGCAGCAAUGGCGGAUCCUUAUUCCCAGCUCUCCGGAUUUAGACAAAGGAAUUCAGGAGACGCCUCGUCUCUGUCUCGUCGGUGCUUUGUGCUUUUUUUUCUCUUCUUCUUCUUCGUCGCUCGUCGUGUCCUUGACACCCACACGCUUCCGAUGACACAGUGCAGUUAUUAGUCGUGCGGUUGUUAAUGUUAAUCGCAGGCAGACCUUUAUUGCGCGACUUUUCUUUAUCCUGAAUUCAUUUCGAUGCAUGACUUUCAUACCGAUCAGGAUCACGCGUAGAAAACCUCGUCUGAACUCACAGCUCGUGGCGCAACAAGUAGCGCAGCAGUACGCCACCCCUCCACCAGCUAAGAAAGACAGGAGGGAGCGCACAGAGCGAGACGACCACUACGACAUAGACAAUUCAGACUCAGACAGGCCAAGUGUAGACAACUCAGACUCGGACAGACUGGGCCCAGACAGCAGUCACUUGGACAGAGGACACACACACAAGGACAGGAAACAGGAACGCAUUGGAUUGGACAAACAUCAGCUAGUGCAAACAUCAGUGGAAAGGAGGCCUGAGAGAGCAGGUCUAAACCAGGAACUACACAGAGAACUUCUGGAUAAGGUUCAUUCACACAGGCCCCACAUGGAAAAAGACCAUCAUACAGGAGCAUCUGGGACACAAGCAGCUGAGAAGGAGGACGUGAAGAAAAGCAAAGUAGAGAAGGCAAUGGUGGACAAGCAUAAAGAGAGGGAAAAGAUGCCUGGUUCCAACAAAAAGCCCACUGCGAAGAAGAUGAAACCCAAGAUCCUUAAUAAAGGUCCUCCUAGUGAAAGAAGCAGCAUGAAAUCUGGCAAAUCGGCCACUAAAAGCAACAAAUCAAUUAUUUCAAGGCCUAAACUGAAGAACAUAGACCGAAGCUCAGCUCAGCAGUUGGCCAUAACAGUCGGCAACGUUACGGUCAUCAUCACAGACUUUAAGGAGAAGACACGCUCCUCUUCAACCUCCUCAUCCACUGCCACUUCCAGCAGCGGCAGCUCCGAACAGCAGCAUCUGAGCUCCAGUUCGGAGAGUACAGACAGGGGGUCGUCCCGUGCCUCUACCCCACGCAGAGACCUUACUUCUGGACAUAAUGAGCUCCUUUGAGGCAGCUGGAAGUCAGGAAUCCUCAAACACAUUGAUAAUGCACAGAUAGAACCUUUACACUUUAAAAGGAUGAAGGAUCAUUAUCAUGCAUGGGCACCGUUUCCAUCUUGAUAUUUUAUGGCAAGGUGUGCCGUGUGUUUCAAUACUGUUUUUCUCGCACCCACUUCAACUCCCCACACAAAUCACACGUGUGUAUCACCUGCAUCUCAUGAGUGACCACUUGGUGUACAAGAGGAAGAGGAUGUAGCACAUUUUGGGAAAAGCUACGCUAUAUGGCCAAAAAUUUAUGGACAUGUGACCAUCACACCCAUAUGUGGUUCUUCCCCAAACUGUUGCCACAAUGUUGGAAGAACACAAUUCUAUAGGUUGUCUGCAUGCUGUAGCAUUACCAUUUCCCUUCACUGGAACUAACGGGCACAAACAUGUUCCAGCAUGACAAUGCACCUGUGCACAAAGCAGUCCAUGAAGAUAUGGUUUGCUAAGGUUGGAGUGGAAGAACUCUGGUGGCCUGCUCAGAGCCUUGACCUCAACCCUGCUUGAACACCUUUUGAGGUGAACUGGAACGCUGACUGAACCCAAGCUUCCUCAUCCGCGUUAGUGCCUGAACUCGUUAAUACUUUUGUGGCUGAAUGAGCAAAUCCCCACAUUCAUGCUUCAAAAUCUAGUGGAAGUCCUUCCCAGAAGAAUAGAGGUUAUUAUGGCCACAGAGGGGGACUAAAUCUGGAAUGGGAUGUUCAACAAGUACAUAUGAUUGUGAUGGUCAGGUGUCCAUAUAUCUUUGGCCAUAUAGUGCAUUUCCUUGAUUUGUAACAGUGUAUUUCCAUAGAACUCUGUACAGUCGUAUAGUCAUACAUUCUAGCAAGUUAGCCAAAAGUGUGCUCAAUUUAAUGUAACUGUUAUGUGCAUAUUUUUGCUGUUUUGAAAAGGAAAUUGUAUUAGAUCUCUUGAAGUCUACAGUAAGGUUGACUGGAUUCCUGAAGCCUUUAAGGAGUCAAAGAGUCUUUUAUAAUAUUGCCCUGAGCCAAUACGGUACUGGAACAGCCUUUGACAUGGUGACAGGGAUUUUUAGAUUUAAAAACAGUAUUGAAAUGCAUGGAUGGCUUUCACACUAUUUCCCAGAGAGAACUUUAGGAUCAAAUGUUGUGGAGUCAGCAUUUUUAAGUGGUAGAAAUCGCAACCCUCUGUAUGUUUUGAGACUUAGAUCUCCAGUUUACAUAAUUGUUCUCUGUUAUGAAAAUGGCCUGUAUGAUUCUCUGACUAUCCCCAUACCAUAGUCUGACACUGUACCUGUCAGAUGGUGUCACAGUUGUGAGAAAAACAUGUAGUACCUUCCAGAGAAAAAUGUGUACUUUUUGAUUUGUUAAAUUAAUAACUGUAUUUAUAAACUGUGAUGAGAACAAAUAAUCUAGUAGAUGGCUGAACUGGAACUGCAAACACGAACAUAAUAAAAGACUGUUGUUCUAGGUGCUAAAAUACAUUUAAUAAAGGUAAUGGAUGGAUUGGAAAUCACCAAUGGAUAAUUUGAAACAUGAUUAUGAGCAUUUCAAGAAUAAUGUUCAAUGAAAUCUAUUCAGUAAAGGCCAUUUUUAUAUUGAUAGAUGUUCUGUAUUGUCAGUCUAUCAUUGAUCAAAACCCAUAUGAUCUGUUUGAGAACCAUUCUUGUAAAUGCUACUGCUAAAUGUUACCAAGCUUUUUAUUUGCCACAAGGACACAUUUCUUCUAUUAAGUCGCUGUAAGGCAAGUAAGCAGCAAAACUUCAUCCAAUUCAUGACUGCCUCAAAGCAUUAUAAAACUGUUGAUGUGAUCUUUAUAGAUGAAAUGUCUUUAAUUAGUGUAUUUAUUUUGUGCAAGCAAUUCUGUUCUUGUGUAUGAUCAGUAACCUUAAUUUACUAUGUAAAGAUGGUUACAUAUAAGGAAUACUUGUCAUAAUAUAGAUUAACACUAUGUUUAUCUGUGGUGUAUUGAGUAUUUGGCACAGUUUCUUAUUUUGGCAUCUUAUUCCAGUUGUUGUCUGUUAAAACAGCAGAUAUUGCAUACACUGUUUCUCCAAAUUCGGCUUGCUUUUUUUCUUCUUCUUUUAUUUCUUUUUUCUUUUAAUCUGCUCAGUCUGAAGUAAAUACUGCUUGGCGAAUUCUGCUUGUAGCAUAGCUU